AUGGCAUCCACUCCCUUUGGAUCAGCUGCACCCUACGCAGAGCCCCUCUGGCACUCCCGGCAGAUCUCCCCGUACUAUAGCGAGUCGCAUAAGAAAGUGCAGGCAUAUGUCCGUGACUACGUUGAUAACAACCUAAAGCCCUAUGCCGAAGAGUAUGAGAAGCAAGGGUUCUUGCCACCAGAGGCGCUGAGGCUCCAUGCUGAAAAGGGCUUCACAAUAAUCAGGCCCACAAAGAGGGAGUAUAUGGGUGGGGUAUCCAUGCCGGCAGGCAUUGAGCCAGAGGAAUGGGACGAGUUUCAUAGCCUAAUUGUGGUGGAUGAGCUGAGCAGGCUUGGUUAUGCGGGAGUAAUCUGGGGUCUUUUCGGCGGAAAUGGCAUUGGAUGUCCCCCAAUCAUGAAUUUCGGGAGCGAGGCGCAACGACUCGAGUAUAUGCCCAAAGUCUCUCGUGGGGAGAUACGGUUUUGUCUAGGCAUUACUGAGCCUGAUGCGGGUUCCGAUGUUGCCAACAUCAAGACCACCGCCAAACGGAGCGGUAAUAAGUAUAUUGUCAAUGGGGCUAAAAAGUGGAUCACCAACGGCCUAUGGGCAGAUUAUUGCACAGCUGCUGUCAGAACAGGCGGACCAGGUCGCAAGGGCAUCUCUCUCCUUAUCGUCCCAUUGGCCGCGAAGGGUGUGACACGGAGACGAAUGGAGAAUUCCGGCGUCAACGCCAGCGGUUCGACGUUCAUUGAGUUCGACGACGUGGAAGUCCCGGUGGAGAAUCUCAUUGGCACAGAAAAUCACGGUUUCACAUAUAUCAUGUCGAGUAAGUUAGUUACCUUGGUGCCUAAUAAUCCGCUCUCGCCCCCUUUUCCGGGCCUACCCAUUUACCCACGUUCACAAAAGUUCAGUAUCCAAACUAACCAUCAGGAAGACUUCAAUCCUGAACGACUUAGCAUGGCCGCCGCCUGCAUUCGCCUGUCUCGCGUCUGUGCUGAAGACGCCUACAAUUACGCCAUUACGCGCGAAACCUUCGGCCAACCAUUGAUAGCGAACCAAAUCAUUCGCGCCAAAUUCAGUAAAUUCGGCGAGCUGAUUGAACCCUGCCAGGCCUACCUUGAGCAACUCACGUACACACUCCACGUCGCCGCGAAGACAGGCCGGCAGGAUGUCGACGUCGGAGGAAUGACUGCACUAUUGAAGGUGAUGACCACGCGCUGUCUGGAGAAGGUGUGUCGGGAGGCGCAGCAGGUUAUGGGUGGGGCGGGGUAUAAUAAGAGCGGGAAGGGGGCGAGGAUUGAGCAGAUUAGUCGCGAUGUGAGGGUUUUUGUGGUUGGGGGUGGGAGUCAGGAGAUUCUGAGUGAUUUGGCGGUUAGGCAGGAGAUGAAGAAUUUGGACGGUUUGCAGCAUGCCGCAAAAAAGGGGGCGAAGAUUUGA